UAAGGUAUAAGGGCCCACAGAAGUCGUCUCUUUUGAAGUCCAAUCCUGCCAUCGAAGCAAAGAUCAUCAAAGCCUUCGCCUAGAGAUGCCUCGGCCAUCGAAUCUUUAUCUCUUUGGUUACAAUUCUCUUCAGGCGUUUGGAUGGGCAAUUUCUGUCUUUAGAAUCCUAAGCAGCUUCAUCUCCACCGGCUCCUUACACGGAGGAUACGCUUCAGCAGGAGACCUAAUCUGUUUGCUGCAAACUGCAGCCUUCUUGGAAGUUAUUCAUGGAGCCAUUGGUUUGGUGCCGAGUGGAGUGGUGUUUCCCUUGAUGCAAUGGGGAGGGAGGACUCACUUUCUAUUGGCCAUUGUUCGACAAAUCGAUGAGGUACAAGAGUUGCCGGCGGUGUUCAUAACUUUUCUUGCAUGGAGCUUAAGUGAGGUAAUCAGAUAUCCCCAGCAUGCUUUUACUUGUAUUGGAAGCUCUCCAUAUUGGAUUACGUAUCUCAGGUACACUGCAUUUAUUGUUCUUUAUCCCGUGGGGUUGUUUACUGGUGAAAUGUGGCUUAUGUAUGAAGCACUUCCAUUUAUAAAGAAGAAGAAUCUCUACGCAGAUUUCUUUUCUGGCCUUCCUUUCAGCUAUUAUACUUUUGUUAGAGUUUUGCUACUUUUAUAUCCGUUCCUUUGGUUGAAACUGUACCUGCAUUUGUUCAAACAGAGACGAUCAAAAUUGGGCAAACACGACAAGAAAAAGAUGAAGUGAUUCCUUAUUCUAUGUAAUAACUUGAAACAUAUUCUUUCCAUCAGCUUUAUUUUAGAUGCCUUUGCUCAGCACCCUUAUGUAAUCUGCUGUGCUCAUACGACUAUGGUGGCUAAUCCAUGUGCUAAGUUUGAUUUUUCUCGGCAUACAAGUCAAAACAUAUUGUUCGCACUAUGAAAUUUGAUGAUGAAGAAUCUGCGGUUUUAUUAA